ACUCAUACACUGUCAGACUGCAAUAUGGCGAGAAUGCCUGGCAGCAGGGACCACUGCUGUAAUGAUGGACCGGACCCGAUGUCAGGGGAUCGAGAGAGGGGCGAAGGACGAGAGGAAGAGGAGGGAGAGAUCCAGGAGAUCCAGAUUACAGGGGAAGAGGGAGAAGUGUCAGAAGAAGAAGCCGAGUUAGAGUGGGAGGAGUGCGGGGAGCCCGAAAACUGCGCUACCGUGGAAACGGGAGAAGCGGUCCUUAUGCGGAAUACAGACCAGCACUGCGGGGACGAGCUGGAGUCCGUUGACCCGUUUUUUGCAGCUUUAAACUCGGAACCCGAGGGAGACAUGCAUCGCUCUCCUUUGGACCACUCCAGGCUCAGCGAGAACACGCGUUUGGCCACCCGAUACGCGGUGAGAAUCUUUAGGGAAUACCUGACUGAGAAGGCGCAAAGUACGGACUUUGAGAGCAUGGACAAGCACGCGCUCUGCAAAGUGCUGCGCUCUUUCUAUUCUGAAGCGCGCUCCAAAAGCGGACAGCUGUACAGCAAGUCCUCUCUCAUCAGCAUCCGGAGCUCGCUCAAUCGUUACCUGAACGAGCCCCCCUUUUGUCGCACGCUGGACCUCACCAAGGACCCCGAGCUGCGCAGUGCCAACCUCGCGCUCGCCGCGGUUAUACGUAAACUAGAAGAGCAGGGCGCCGGUCCCGUGGUGCAGAAGCAAGCCAUUACGCGCUCGGACCUGAGAAAACUCUACACUUCGGCCGUGUUCAGCGCAAGCUCGCCAUUCGGUCUUCUCAAUAAAGUCUGGUUCGAGACUUGUAUGUACUUCUGCACGAGGGGGCGGGAGAAUCAGCGCGAGCUGGAGGAGGACUCUUUCGGGCUGGCCAUGGAUGAAGACGGAAGAAAGUUUGUCUACUUUAAAGCUCUCGGGCCGUAUCACAAAUCUCGUUCAGCCACGUGGACUAAAAAAAGAUCCGAUACGGAUGACGACAACCUGCCCCGCAUGUAUGAGACCGGCACGGAGUUUUGUCCGUACGCGAGCUUCGUGAGGUACCUCUCUAAGCGCAAUCCUCUUUGUAAAGCAUUCUUCCAGCGCCCGCGGGAUCACUGCGGUGAGAGCGACACGACCUGGUACGAGAAUAAAGCUAUCGGUAAAAACCUGCUGGGCACGAGGAUGCAAAUGCUCUCGCGGGCCGCCAAACUGUCAAAGACGUAUACCAACCACUGCAUCGGCGCCGUCUCCAUAGCAACGCUCAACGGCAUUGCGGGCAUCGGGUCAAAGUUUGCGCCUCUCAGCGUCUCUCCGGAAACGGCCAACGGGACGUGCCUUUCGCAUCACUUGACCUGCACGCGGGAGUGCGAGGACGAGCCCGAGCUUGAGUUUAAACCUCAGAAAGUGAUCAAACGCCCGCGGCCGCUCGUCUAUCCUGUAAGCGUUUCAGGACCAGGGGCAUCGCCAAAAAGACUUUGCGCGCGCUCUGGCGUGGAGCGCGCGGGCACGCCGACCGUCACAGCGCGUGUUACCUCUCAUUGCGAAGCCAACGGAGAGAGCCCUCAUAUGCUUGUAUCACAGAAUCGCAGCAACAGUGUGGGCAUGUCAACCCGGCCUCUCUUGGCACAUUCGCCCGCCUCCCCCCUGGGCACAGCUGGCAUCCCCACACCGGCACAGCUCACGAAGGCCAAUGCGCCGGUGCAUAUCGACGUAGGGGGUCACAUGUAUACCAGCAGCCUGGCCACAUUAACCAAAUACCCAGAGUCCAGGAUUGGCCGGUUGUUUGAUGGCACAGAGCCCAUCGUAUUGGACAGCCUGAAGCAGCAUUAUUUUAUAGAUCGGGAUGGACACAUGUUCCGCUACAUAUUAAACUUCCUCAGGACCUCAAAACUGCUCAUCCCGGAUGACUUUAAAGACUACUCUCUGCUGUAUGAGGAGGCCCGGUAUUUCCAACUACAGCCACUACAAGCUGAGCUGGAGCGCUGGCGUUCUGAGCAGGACUCUAGGUACACAUCACGCAUGUGUGAGUGCGUGGUAGUACGCGUGGCCCCGGAGCUCGGAGAGAGGAUAACACUCAGUGGCGAUAAAGCCCUCAUCGAGGACAUCUUCCCGGAGAUAGGAGACGUCAUGUGCAACUCCGUCAACGCAGGCUGGAACCACGAUUCCACUCAUGUUAUCCGAUUCCCUCUCAAUGGAUACUGCCACCUUAACUCUGUACAGGUUUUGGAGCGACUGCAGCAGAGAGGUUUUGAGAUUGCUGCUUCCUGUGGAGGCGGUGUGGACUCAACCCAGUUCAGUGAGUACGUUCUGAGGAGAGAAGUCAAACGAAGCCACCGCGGGGUCACAACCUCCGUCAUUCGGAUCAAACAGGAACCGAUGGAUUAGCCACCCGCCCUGACAGAAAAAAUAAACUGCAUAUGGUAUUUUUACCUGAGUAUAAGGGAUGUUUCAGUUUUUUUAUGCUGUGGACUUCUUCAUGGUUACUCUCCAUAAAUAAACAGUUUUAAAAAAGAAACGUUUUGUUUAAAGUUCAAAUGGGAUUUUUUUCAAAUCUCUCCGGCUAUGCCGAGUAGUCUCCAAAUGAUUUACUUUGUGAUGGUUUGUUUUAAAACUUCAAGACUGCCAAGACUGCUCCUUUGCCAGAUUUGUCUUCAUGAUGACAGCUAGGAGGAAAGGAAGCUGAUGUUAGACUCCAUAUAUGACAUCCUGUAAAGAAUUUCAUCAGCCAUACUUAUUUAAUAACCUGUUUGAUGAAUCAUUUAUGUUGCUAAUCUUCAAGUGUUUCUCUCAUAAAUAUCGCAUCACACCAGAGAGGAAUAGCAGCUAUAAUGUAGCUCCUUGACACAUAAUUAGAGAAGUAUAUAUAAAAACAAACAACAGGUUAAACCACAGCAGUGACUUUUUUUAUUUUGGGGAUUUUAAGAUGAGCCUUGAUUAAGUCAAAAACAGCCAUGAAACCAAAUAAUUUAAGAUAUUGCAUUACAAAAAAAUAAUUUCUUUCCCAAACUGGGUUCUUAUUAUUUCAUUUUGGCAUUACAGGAGAUUUGUUCUAAUAGCAAAAUUGCCAAGCCAGUCAAGUGAAACAGUAACUUGUUUAUAACCUGGAGAAAAAGUUAUUUAAAUGUUACAGGAAAUUUUAGUUUUCAUCAUUUGUUUGGCUAUAAGUUGACAGUCUCUGGCUAUACACUUGAAACUGGUUUAUAAUCCAAGUUUGAGAAGAAUGUAAUGUGACAUUGUUAAUAAAAGUUUCUAAAAAUU